GUGUCGUCGUCAUUCGUGCAAUUAUCCACAUCUUCUUCUCUUUGUUGAAUUCAAGUGCACGCUUCAUGUCAUUUCCAGCUAUCGAGAGUGGCUUUGGAACGGGAGGGAGAGACAUCAGUCGCUCGCUUUGAUCGCCAUUGUCGCUGUCCCUCGCUCCCUUUCCCUCUUUGAUUUCAAGUCUUUGGAACAGGCUUUUGCAGAAAUAUAGAAGCUGCUUUUGGAAGUGGAAGGGCUCAGAUAAAACAGAUUCCACUUGCCUUUUAGCACGUUCGAAGGCGCAUGUAAGCCUCUAAGUAUGCACAGAUCUUGUCGUCGCUGAGUCAGUUUUGUGGUUUUCUCUCGACAUCUCGGCAAAAAGGUGCUCCAGCGAUGGAAUCCGAAGCUGAAGCUGGGGGAAAGCCCUUGAAAAAUCUGGGCAGCCAAGUCUGCCAGAUAUGUGGUGAGAAGGUCGGCAAAACUUUCGAUGGGGAGCCCUUCAUUGCUUGUGAUGUCUGUGCAUUUCCUGUCUGUCGGCCUUGCUACGAAUAUGAGAGGAAGGAUGGAAAUCAGUCGUGCCCUCAAUGCAAGACCAGAUACAAGAGGCACAAAGGAAGUCCUGCCAUUAUUGGUGACCAUGAAGAGGAUGGAGAUGCUGGCGAUGAAUACAAGUACUCUUCUGAAGAUCAAACUGAAAAGGAGAAAAUUGCAGAACGCAUGUUGAGCUGGCAUAUGACAUAUGGACGAGGGGAAAAUGUUGCUUCGGCCAACUAUGAUGGAGAGGUUUCUCAUAACCAUAUUCCUCUGCUUACUAGUACACAAGAGGUUUCUGGAGAGUUAUCUGCUGCUUCUCCUGAACGACUUUCUAUGGCAUCUCCUGCAGUUGGUGGAGGGAAUCGCGUUCGUCCACUUUCUUAUGCAUCUGAUGUUACUCAAUCACCUAACAUAAGAGUUGUGGAUCCAGCGAGGGAAUUUGGUUCACCUGGAAUUGGCAAUGUUGCUUGGAAGGAGAGAGUUGAUGGCUGGAAGAUGAAACAGGAGAAGAAUGUUGGACCAAUGAGCACUGGCCAGGCAACCUCUGAGCGGGGAGCUGGAGAUAUAGAUGCUAGCACUGAUGUGCUUGUUGAUGACUCUUUAUUGAAUGAUGAAGCUAGGCAGCCUCUUUCAAGGAAGGUCUCUAUUCCAUCCUCCAGAAUAAAUCCAUACAGGAUGGUCAUUAUGCUGCGGCUGGUUAUUCUCUCCAUUUUCUUGCACUACCGUAUAACAAAUCCUGUGCCUAAUGCAUUUGCACUUUGGUUAAUAUCUGUGAUAUGUGAGGUAUGGUUUGCAAUAUCAUGGAUAUUGGAUCAGUUCCCCAAAUGGUUUCCUGUAAAUCGCGAGACAUAUCUUGACAGGCUUGCCCUCAGAUAUGACAGAGAAGGAGAACCAUCACAAUUGGCAGCUGUUGAUAUAUUUGUCAGUACUGUUGACCCGCUGAAAGAACCUCCUCUUGUUACAGCCAACACCGUGCUAUCCAUUCUUGCAGUUGACUACCCAAUUGACAAGGUCUCUUGCUACGUAUCUGAUGAUGGAGCUGCCAUGUUGACAUUUGAAGCACUCUCUGAAACUGCAGAGUUUGCUAGGAAAUGGGUUCCGUUCUGCAAGAAGUAUGACAUUGAGCCACGGGCUCCAGAAUGGUACUUCACCCAAAAAAUUGAUUAUUUGAAGGAUAAAGUUCAACCAUCAUUUGUCAAAUAUCGCAGAGCUAUGAAGAGAGAAUAUGAAGAAUUCAAAGUCCGCAUCAAUGGGCUUGUUGCUAAAGCACAGAAAGUUCCUGAAGAAGGAUGGAUUAUGCAGGAUGGCACCCCAUGGCCAGGAAACAACACCAGAGAUCAUCCAGGAAUGAUCCAGGUGUUCCUUGGGCAAAGUGGAGGGCUUGAUGCUGAGGGUAAUGAGCUGCCACGAUUGGUUUAUGUUUCUCGUGAGAAGCGUCCUGGCUUCCAACAUCAUAAGAAAGCUGGUGCUAUGAAUGCUCUGGUCCGUGUAUCUGCCGUGCUUACUAAUGGACCUUUCAUGUUGAAUCUUGACUGUGAUCACUACAUAAACAACAGUAAGGCCUUGAGAGAAGCAAUGUGUUUUCUUAUGGAUCCUAACCUCGGCAAACAUGUUUGCUACGUUCAGUUUCCCCAGAGAUUUGAUGGUAUUGAUAGGAAUGACCGAUACGCAAACCGGAACACCGUGUUCUUCGAUAUAAACUUGAGAGGUUUAGAUGGUAUCCAAGGUCCUGUUUACGUGGGAACUGGGUGCGUCUUUAAUAGAACAGCUUUAUAUGGUUAUGAACCUCCUCUAAAACCAAAACAUAAGAAGCCAGGAGUGCUGUCCUCACUAUGUGGGGGAUCGAGAAAGAAUAGUUCAAAGUCGAGUAAAAAGAGCUCAGACAGGAAGAGAUCUGGGAACCAUGGGGAUACUACUGUCCCUGUUUUCAGCUUGGAGGAUAUAGAAGAGGGGGUUGAAGGUGCUGGAUUUGAUGAUGAGAAAUCUUUAUUGAUGUCCCAAAUGAGCCUUGAGAAGAGGUUUGGUCAGUCUGCUGUUUUUGUAGCCUCAACUCUCAUGGAAAAUGGCGGCGUUCCUCAAUCUGCAACGCCAGAAACCCUUCUUAAAGAGGCUAUUCAUGUUAUCAGCUGUGGGUAUGAGGAUAAAACAGAAUGGGGCAGUGAGAUUGGAUGGAUCUAUGGUUCUGUUACAGAAGAUAUUCUGACGGGAUUCAAAAUGCAUGCCCGUGGUUGGCGGUCGAUCUAUUGCAUGCCAAAACGCGCUGCCUUUAAGGGUUCUGCCCCUAUUAAUCUUUCAGAUCGACUGAACCAAGUGCUUCGAUGGGCCCUAGGUUCUGUGGAAAUUCUUUUUAGUCGGCACUGCCCCAUAUGGUAUGGCUAUGGUGGUAGGUUGAAGUGGCUUGAGAGAUUUGCAUAUGUUAACACAACAAUUUAUCCAGUCACCGCCAUCCCUCUCUUGAUGUACUGUACCUUGCCAGCUGUCUGUCUACUUACAAACAAGUUUAUUAUUCCACAGAUAAGUAAUAUUGCAAGUAUAUGGUUCAUCUCUCUUUUCCUUUCAAUUUUUGCUACUGGAAUACUGGAAAUGAGGUGGAGUGGUGUUGGAAUUGAUGAGUGGUGGAGAAAUGAGCAGUUUUGGGUCAUUGGUGGUGUUUCGUCCCAUCUCUUUGCUGUUUUCCAAGGUCUACUCAAAGUGCUUGCUGGAAUAGACACCAACUUUACUGUCACCUCCAAAGCAUCAGAUGAAGAAGGGGAUUUCACCGAGCUCUACAUGUUCAAAUGGACAACUCUGCUCAUUCCACCCACAACGCUCCUCAUCAUUAACUUGGUGGGGGUUGUUGCGGGGAUUUCCUAUGCUAUCAACAGCGGAUAUCAGUCGUGGGGGCCUCUAUUUGGUAAGCUGUUCUUUGCUUUUUGGGUGAUCAUCCAUCUCUAUCCCUUCCUCAAAGGUCUCAUGGGACGCCAGAACCGCACUCCCACUAUCGUUGUUGUCUGGUCAAUCCUUCUUGCUUCCAUUUUCUCUUUGUUGUGGGUGAGGAUUGAUCCAUUUACAACGAGAGUCACUGGGCCAGAUGUUGAACAAUGUGGAAUCAACUGCUGAUGAGAUGCAGAAAGUCCAAUCGGAGUUUCGGUCACCUUAGACCACACUAUCCUGAAACUUGCCGAGUUCUGUAGUUACCAGUACCUACUUGUCCAGUAUGUUGCUUUUCUCUGUGAUAUACGUGUAUAGAAGGUUAUAAAGAAUGUCUGGUUCGGUUGAUAGAGGAGAGAUGUGCCGUUGGAUGUAAGCUUGAUUCUUUGCUUCCUUUCAAGUAACGAGAGUAGCUACUUGUCCACUGGACAAUGUCCAGUAUGUUGCUUUUCUCUGUGAUAUACGUGUAUAGAAGAUUAUAAAGAUAUGAACUCGCUCUACUUUUGUACCAA